AUUUGUUCCAACAAACUGUAAUAAACACAACAGUUAAAUUCCCACGUACUAUUUGUGCCAAAGGAGUUUCUGCUUAUAAAUUGAGCCUCCGUGACAAGCAAAUUUGUCUUUGAUUCAAAUGUCAACUAGACAUUAUCUACCAUGAAAAUUUACUUUGGGGUUAUUUUGGUGGCACUAGGUAUAGCAGAAGUCACGGAGUGUCUGGAGUGUUUUAACUGUACAAACAUAUCCGAUCCACAGGCUUGUGCAACCACAACUUUGUGUUCACAUGGUGAGUCCUGCUUUUUGCAAACCAUCCACUCAGGAAGCGAUAACCUCUUCAACAUGGGUUGUCAGAGCAAUCAGAUGUGCAGUGUAGGCCACAACAGUAUCAUCGGUCGCUCAGUUCAGACCAUACAACAGUCUCCUUGUCACGAAUGUUGCAGUACAGAUGGCUGUAACGAGCAGCUCUGCGCACACAGAAAACCUUCUGCCUGCAUAGACGAUGUAACCAUGGAUUGUGCCCAUCUGAACUCUAUAAUAAACGUGUGCGCAGACAUCCACCACGCAAAAUCAAUCUGCCCUCGGUUUUGUGGCCUUUGUAAUCUGGUUGACGGCAACUGGGCAGAGUGGGGUACAUGGUCAUCCUGCAGCGUCACGUGUGACAAUGGUACUUAUAAACGUACACGUACGUGCACCAACCCUUCACCUAGCAACGGUGGACUUAAUUGCAGUGGAUCGGCAUCUGACACUCAAAUGUGCUCCAGACAGCUUUGUCCAGUUCAUGGCAACUGGUCCGAGUGGUCGUCGUGGUCAUCUUGCUCAGUGUACUGUGAUGUCGGACUCAUUGAAAGGACAAGAACAUGCACCAAUCCAAGACCAGAUAGAUUUGGGGAUAAUUGUUAUGGCGAUGCAAGUGAUCAUAAAGUUUGCAUACAGGACCCGUGCUCUGAAAAAAAUGGUGGCUGGACAAACUGGGGUGCUUGGGAAAGCUGUUCUGUAACCUGCGGAAUAGGCUCCAAAUUGCGACACCGAGCCUGCACCAAUCCAAGCCCUUCCGCCUACGGAAAGGCUUGUGAAGGCGACUACAAAGAUUUUGAUGUGUGUGUCAAAACACCAUGUUAUGUAAUCGCCUUUAACGCCCAUGGAUUCAACGUUUUGUCAAAUUUAGUCAAUGUGUUUUCAACCAUCGUCGCCAAUGAGGGCAAGGCGUACAAUGCAAGCACAGGUCAUUUCACAGCUCCGGUGGACGGAAUCUACUACUUUGAAGCCCACUUCUGCGUGUACUAUACCAGCACAAUAAACUUCUACAUUGAAAAGGGAAGUGCCAGCAUGAGUCCUAAAACGCGUCUAACUUCAACUCGAGGCUACCAUGGCAGUUACGGUUGCAAUUCCGCUUCCACAUCGGUGAAAUUAAAUAGGAACGAAGAUGUAUGGGUGUAUAUGGCGUCCCAAUACUCCUCGUCAUAUAUAUACGAAAGUUCCGAUGAUUGGAAUACAUUUUCAGGAGCUCUCAUCCAAGCGCUGUAGAUGUAAAUUCACACAUGAAACUUAUACUUGAACUAAAAUUGUUGAAAUGUACCUACAUUUUUACAUGUAACAAUUAUGUGACAAAAUGCAUUAAAUGCGUUAAAAUUAUUAAGUAUAAAGAUUUUACAUCUAUUUAACAACCAACAGCAGAUAAGUUUAUCCAAUAAGUGAAACAAAAGUUGUACACACAGUAAGUUGAAUUGAAAUUGUAUAUUUAUAAUACGCUUCAUGCAAACCUGCAUACUGACGAUGUUUAAAUUGCUUAUUUUUUUCUAAUUAAGCAGAUUAUGGUGGUAAUUUAACAAAAAAAUUAAUCAAGUUCUAACGCUGUCUCUUCCAUAAUUAUCGAAUCUGAACUCUAUAUAUUUAUUGUUUGUACAUCAAGGUAUGUAAAUAAUAUGUGUACAUCGAUACGACACUCGACAAUCAACAACGACGCCCGACAUUUGAACAUUUGACUGUAACACGCUCACUCUUGCUUUAAAUAAGAAACAUGUUGCAUCGAUCGCUUGGUGAGCGUAGUUGAUAUUUGUCGACUGUCGUAUCAAUCGUUGUGAUGAUUGUCGUGUGUCAACAUCUAAAGGCGAUAGGCAACAUUGAACGUGACCUUUCCGGAUUCCACAGAAAAAUGUCACGAUUUAUAGCAAAUGUUAAAAAAGGGUAGCUAACUGUAUAGUGUAUCACAAGUUUACCUAUUAUGGUUAUCUUUCUAACGUUCACUUUACAUGAAUUGUUAACACGCUCUAGCCGGAAGUGCAGAUGUACCGUUUUAUUUGUAACUUGUAAUUCUCGAUUUAAUGAGGAUUUGCUUUUGUUCAUAAUUUAAAAUAAAGGUUUCUUACGGG